CGCAAUUCGGAUUCUAAAAUCAACUCGAUUGAGCAGGUUCUCUGAUCUGAUCUAAAGGGUCCCAAAGAUGGUAGAAUCAGAAGAGAAUGGAGUGUUAUUCCCAAUUUUCAUUCUGACGAUAAUCGCAAUUCCAUUGGUGCCUUAUACAUUCGUGAAGCUAAGCCGCGCCUUUUCGAAGAAGCAAAGGAGCAUACAUUGUCAGUGUCAUGACUGUGACCGUUCAGGGAAGUACAAGAGAUCCAUGUCUCAAAGAGUCUCUAGCUUCACUUCAUGUAGUAACUUGACAGUUAUGCUACUAUGGUUUGUAAUGAUCUUCUUGAUUCAUUACACUAAGAACAUCAGCCGUGAGAGUCAACUCUUUGAACCAUUCAGUAUACUUGGUUUGGAACCUGGUGCUUCAGAUUCACAAAUCAAGAAAGCAUAUAGAAAACUCUCUAUUCAAUACCAUCCUGACAAAAAUCCAGAUCCAGAGGCCAACAAGUAUUUUGUAGAGUCAAUAGCUAAAGCUUACCAAGCCUUGACUGAUCCGUUGUCUCGUGAAAAUUUUGAAAAGUAUGGUCAUCCAGAUGGUAGACAGGGUUAUAAACUGGGGAUUGCUCUUCCUCAGUUUAUUCUAGACUUAAAUGGAGAAUCUGGUGGGCUCUUGUUACUGGUUACAGUUGGUUUCUGUAUUCUCUUGCCUUUAGUGGUAGCCUCCAUCUACCUCUGGAGAUCAUCAAAGUAUACAGGAAACUACGUCAAGCUUCAAACUCGUCAAGCAUAUUAUGAGUCAAUGAAACCUUCUUUGGCUACAAGCAAAGUCAUGGACAUUUUCAUCAAAGCAGCUGAAUACACAGAGAUUCCAGUCCGUAAAACCGAUGAUGAAUCUCUGAAGAGACUCUUUACAUCUGUCAAAAGCGAGCUAAGUCUGGAUCCUAAGAAGAUGAAGCAAGAUGAAGCUAAGUUUUGGAAACAGGACCCUGCAGUUAUCAAGGCUGAGCUUUUGAUACAUAAACAGUUGACUCGUGAAUCAGCAGUUUUGUCUCCUGCUCUGCAAAGUGAUUUCAGGCGUGUACUAGAGUUUGCACCUCGUCUCCUUGAAGAUUUAAUGAAGAUGGCGAUUAUACCCCACAAUGAACAAGGGCAUGGAUGGUUAAGUCCUGCACUCGGAGUAAUGGAGCUAUCUCAAUGCAUUGUUCAGGCUGUUCCUCUUAGUGCGGGGAAGUCAUCUUCAGAAGGCACUGCUCCUUUCUUGCAACUCCCUCAUCUCAAUGAAUCCAUCGCCGAAAAGAUAGGGUUGCAGGUAAAAUCAUUCAAAGAGUUUCAAGAACUGAGCUCGGAAGAACGUUCUAAACUGCUCAGGGAGGUUGCUGCUUUAUCUGAAAGCGAUGUUGUAGACAUCGAGAAGGUGUUGGAAAUGAUACCUUCACUGAAAAUUGAAGUCACUUGCAAAACAGAAGGGGAAGAAGGUAUUCAAGAAGGCGACGUGACGACAGUUCAAGCUUGGAUCACUCUGAAACGUCCUAAUGGUCUCGUGGGAGCUGUUCCUCACUCCCCUCACUUCCCUUUCCACAAGGAAGAGAACUUUUGGGUUCUUCUUGCGGAUUCAAACAAUGUUUGGUUCUUUCAGAAGGUUAGUUUCAUGGAUGAAGGUGAAGCUAUAAGCACUGCGUCGAUUGCUAUUAGUGAAACGAUGGAGAGUGUAGGAGCAAGCGUUGAGGCAAGAAACAAUGCAGUUGAAGAAGCUGUUGAGAAGGUUAAAAGUGGGUCAAGAUUGGUGAUGGGGAAGCUCUUGGCACCUAAAGAAGGUACUUAUAAUUUGACUUGCUUCUGCCUAAGUGAUGCUUGGAUUGGUUGUGACCAAAAGACAUCAAUGAAAGUGGAGGUUUUGAAAAGAACCCGAAAUUUGGAGGGUGAGGCUGCAGAAGAAGGUAUGGAGGAGGAGGAUGAAGAUGAGCUUGAAGAGGAGGAUUAUGAAAGUGAAUACAGUGAGGAUGAGGAAGAUAAGAAGAGAGGAUCAAAGAAGAAAGUAAACAAGAAGGUGUCGAGUUCUGAAGAGUCUGGAUCAGAUGAAGAUUGA